ACAUCAACAUACUAAACAAUUUUACAAAAACUGAGAAUCAUCGCCUUUCGAUAGGGAAGCAAGUGAAUUAGCUGCCGCAUAAAUCCGUAUAUUUCCACACAAAAAUCACCCGUUUCAACCUGUCAUACCGAUAGAUAAGCAGCUAUGUCGGCCAGAUACGAUCGUGCAGUUACAGUUUUCUCCCCGGAUGGCCAUUUGCUGCAGGUUGAAUACGCUCAGGAAGCGGUUCGCAAGGGAUCCACUGCCGUCGGUGUCCGCGGAAAGGACGUGGUUGUGCUCGGAGUUGAGAAGAAAUCCGUCGCCAAGCUGCAGGAAGAACGAACGGUGCGAAAAAUUUGCUUGCUUGACCAUCAUGUCGUUAUGGCGUUCGCCGGACUAACGGCGGAUGCGCGUAUUUUGAUUAACCGGGCUCAGGUAGAAUGUCAGAGCCACAAACUGAACGUGGAGGAUCCCGUAACGCUAGAGUACAUAACCCGCUACAUUGCCGGCCUGAAGCAGAAGUACACCCAGAGCAACGGUCGGAGACCGUUUGGCAUUUCGUGUCUGAUUGGUGGGUUCGAUUACGACGGACAGCCGCACCUGUACCAGACGGAACCGUCUGGAAUCUACUACGAGUGGAAGGCGAACGCAACGGGGCGAUCUGCCAAAACGGUGCGAGAGUUCCUCGAGAAGUACUACACUAACGAGCUGGUCGAGACGGAGGAAGGUGCUAUCAAGCUGGCCAUCAAGGCCCUGCUUGAGGUGGUCCAGUCCGGCCAGAAGAACCUCGAGGUGGCCGUGAUGAAGCGCAACCAACCGAUGCAGAUGCUUGAUGCGGACACAAUCGAGAAGUAUGUGGCGAUUAUCGAGAAAGAGAAGGAAGAGGAAGCGGAUAAAAAGAAGCAGAAGAAGUAAGACUUCUUUUGGGAGUAUUUGAGCUUCGUUUUUUUUUCUCUAAACACAAGAAAUAACGUUAAUUUUGGUAAGUUGUCUUGGAAUAAAUAAUUGCCCACAUCAGUGAUAUGAACACAGAUUA